AAUAAAUACCAAAACACAUUGAAUCUGUCAAAUUGUGAAAUCAGUCAUGUUGUUAUGAUUGGAUAUUUGGUUUAGAUACGACGAAAUUAAAAUUUUAGAAUAAGAUCAAAUAAAAAGUACGCACAACAUCUAAGAUGAGAAGAGCAAUUCAACAAAUUGCAUACUUUGCACCAAGAUUACGAAAUAACUAUUGUGGACGAAUUGAUAAUCAUCAAUGUCACCGUUUUCAAUCGACUGCAUCGGCGACAAACCAACAAUCGAAUGACAAACCAAAGCUAAUUUUAAGUGAAUCAUGCUCAAGAAAAUUAAAAGAAAUUUCAGAGAAAGAAAAUAAAAAGUAUCUGCGAAUUACUGUUGAUGGUGGCGGUUGUUCAGGCUUUCAAUACCUAUUCGAUUUGGACGAUAAGGUGAAUGAAGACGAUGUUUUGAUUGGCGAUGGAAGUGGUCAAGUGGUCAUAGAUACAUUGUCGUUGGACUAUUGUUCCGGUUCAACCGUCGAUUAUCAUAAUGAACUCAUCAAAUCGGGCUUUCGCAUCAUUAACAAUCCAAAAGCCGAAAUGGGCUGUAGUUGUGGAGCAUCGUUUUCCAUAAAAAUUGAAUAAAUUUGACUUUUGUUUAAUCUUGUAAAAAUUAUAUUAGCUUUUAAUCUAGUCGACAAAUGUUUUCUAAAAUCAGAUUAUUGUUGAAAAUAACAAUGACAUGAACAACAACAA